ACGUUGGGACACCACCGAAAGGAGAGAGCGUUCCUCACGAGCAGCAGAUGAAGUUUUUUGGAAAGGUGGUCCUGCCAUUGGUCGACCAGUACUUCAAGAAUCACCGCCUCUACUUCCUGUCCACGGCCAUCCGACCAAUCAGCAGCGGGGGCCACGCCUCCAAUAAGGAGAAGGAGAUGGUGACAAGCCUGUUCUGCAAACUGGGACUUCUUGUCAGACAUAGGAUAUCAUUGUUUGGAAGCCAUGCUACCUCCAUAGUCAACUGUCUUCACAUACUGGGUCAGACACUGGACGCCAGGACGGUGAUGAAGACGGGUCUGGAGACGGUGAAGACGGCGUUGAGGACGUUCUUCAACAACGCAGCGGAGGACUUGGAGAAGACUUUAGAGAACCUGAAACAGGGCCAGUUCACUCACAGUCACUCCCAGCCCAAAGGAGUCACCCAGAUCAUUAACUACACCAGCGUAGCCCUGCUCCCUGUCCUCUCCUCCCUGUUCGAACACAUCGGGCAGAACCUCUUUGGGGAAGACCUCAUAUUGGAUGACGUCCAGGUGGCCUGUUAUAGGAUCCUCAACAGCCUGUAUAGUCUUGGUACCAACAACAGCAUCUACGUAGAAAGGUAA